CACAGAGACAUAGGGAUGGUGAAUGACAUCACAAUUUCUCCCAGCUGUUGAGGUGCUGGGCUUUAUAUGGCGGCUGUGGAGGUCUGAGUGUCAGGCAAGCAAAGAUCUGAGGUUGCCGCUUGAUUUCUCUCAGUGCCAGCAAUUCUUUUGUGCUGAACAUCCAAGUCCUGUCUUCAGAGAAGCCCCACAAUGGCGUCUGACCCCCCACUUCCAACCCGACCGGCCUGGACCGUGGCGGACUUGUUACGCUUCUCUCCGCCUUGUUCCCCGCCUCCACCUCCCCGCCGCCCGGCCUGGAACCGCUACCGCCUGUCAGAAAGCAUGAAGGGGCUGCUUGUAGCUCUUUUGGGGGGCGGAGUGCCGGCUGGUUUUGUGGCCCCCUUCACUCGCAUGGCCAAUGAAGCGUCAGGAAUCCCUUCCCUGGAAAUCCUCCUUUUCCGAUGUGUCCUGCAUCUGCUCUUUGCCUGCUACCUCCGCUGCCAGAAGGCCCCUUGCUUUGCACCCCCAGAGGCCCGCCUGCGCAGCUUGCUCCAUGCCUCCAUCAACGUCAUCUCCAUUGGCUGCGCCUACAGCUCCUUCAUGGUGGUACCCAGUGGAAACGCCGCCACAGUCCGCAAAGGAUCCUCCACCAUCUGCUCUGUCUUUUUGGCCCUGUGCAUUAAGAAUGGACACUUGACAGGGUACGACUGGUUUGGGCUGGUGGGCAGCACUCUGGGACUGAUCAUCAUGGUGGUCCCGGAUUUGUUGAACUUGGACAAGAGCACCCAGCUCUACAACACCUUUGGUUACGCUUUGGCUUGCCUGGGAGGAAUGGCCUUGGCGUUGGGCCUGGUCAUCUUCCGAGCCCUGGAUUUCCCAGCCAAACUGGUGACAGUGGCCUUCAUGUUUGGUGUGGUGGGCAGCCUGGUGUGCUCUCCAGUCAUGUUCCUCCUUCAAGAUCCGGUGAUGCCUUUGGAUCCCUUGACAUGGACUUGUGUGGUGGCAAUCAGCUUCCUGGCCUUAGUCUCCUUCUUGUGUGCCAGCUACGCAGUGACAAAAGCUCACCCGGCUCUGGUGUGUGCCGUGUUGCACUCUGAGGUGGUAGUGACCCUCGCUGUCCAGUACUACGUCUUGCGUGAGGCAGUCUCGCCUUUUGACAUUAUGGGGGCUGGGGUCAUCCUGGGCAGUAUUGCUAUCAUCACAGCCCAAAAUAUCAGCUGCGAUGCCACAGAGGAUGACGAUGGAUUCAUUAUGCAGCUUAAGGGGCCUCCUUAGUAGCAGAGAAGCCUAGGUGGUAGGAGCAUGAGCUUGACUAGAAAGCACCUUCCGAAAUGGGAGCCAUCCGAAGCAGGGAAUGUCCAGAAUUACCAUCUGCAGAGCGGUAGAGGAGCUUAUAAGCCUCUCCACCCCACUAUCACAUCUGGAGCUAGCAAAAACAGGAGGGAAACAGUAGAGAAUUUAGUGAAUUUGAAGAUGGUAGGAAUCUUCUGGGCACCAAAUGAGAGACACCCUGAAUUUUUAAAUCGAUCCCCUAAUAUCGGGACUCAAGAUGGCAAUAGAUCUCAAAUACUUGCCUGGCACAGCUGUGGCCUUGUCUGCUUCUCCUGGCAAACCUCCUCUAUGGAUCACAGAAUCAGAGGGGAUGGGAAGAUCCCCUAGCCUUCCAUGUUGAGAUCCACAUCCUGAGCGGAAGCUGGCCAUCCCUCGAAGGAGCAAAAGAAAACCCUUUCAACCCUUUGCAAAACCGCCCUGGUAAUGUGCUUCAGGGGUCAGUGCACCAUUCUGCUGAGCCCCUUAG